CAAAAAAAAAAGAGAGAGAGAGAAUAAACCAGAACACAUCAAGUUUGCAUCUUUCAAUCUGUGCUGCAAUAAUUAGAAAUCAUAAUCUAUAGCAUCUAACAUUAAUUAAAAAAAUGUCUGCACUAACUUCAGUUAGCGCAGGCUCAACUUCUGCUUCUUUGCAGCAUCGAUUUUACUCAACACCCAUAGAAUUAGCAUCUGUUACAUGUAGCUUAGCUACCACAGGCAAGAGAAGAUCAUUCUCCUUGAGCAACAACUCUUCAACAACCCUCAGAAUCAGAUGUGCAGCUACUAAACCUGCUAAAUCACCAGCUGAAGAAGAGUGGUCAACUAAAAGAGCAAAAUUGCUUGAGAAAAGGGUAAGGAGUGUAGAGGCAAAAGAAGCAUUUAGACUUCAGAAAGAGAACAAUUUUGUGAUCCUUGAUGUACGACCUGAAGCCGAGUUCAAAGAGGCUCAUCCAGAAGGAGCUAUUAAUGUCCAGAUAUAUAGGCUAAUAAAGGAAUGGACAGCUUGGGACAUUGCUAGGAGGGCUGCAUUCGCAUUUUUUGGCAUAUUUUCUGGAACUGAAGAAAAUCCUGAAUUCAUACGACUUGUUGAAUCAAAAAUAAAUAAGGAUGCAAAGAUUAUAGUCGCUUGCUCAUCCGGUGGUACAAUGAAGCCUACCCAAAAUCUUCCCGAGGGCCAACAAUCAAGGUCACUUAUUGCUGCAUAUUUGCUAGUUCUAAAUGGUUACACUAAUGUAUUUCACUUGGAGGGAGGAAUCUAUAACUGGUACAAAGAAGAAUUACCAGCAGCUUCAGAAGAAUGAAGUUCAACCACCUAAACUCUAUCGGAUAAAAAUGCUACCUGCUGUACCAUUUUAUAUAUCGAGUUUCGAUUUCAUCCAAGUAAUUUUUCCCAAAAAUAAUUAGGUCAAUAUGAUGGGCAUGAAAUGAUCAAACUUCAAUGGAGCUAUUUUCUGUAGGAAAAUUUCUAAGCCUUGUGGAACAAAUGAAUAUUAAAAUUAACUAUCCCAAAUGUAUCAGUUGAUGAUGUUCCUUUUGGAUCAUCAAGAGAACUGGUUUUGUAGUCCACUUAUAAUUACUUUUUUUAGUUUAUGUCUUAAUUAUAACAACUUUUCAUUUUUA